AUGGAGUCAACAUCAGAUGUAUUACGACAGCGGAAACUAGCUAGGAUGAAGAGGAAAUAUGCCGAGCUAACUGCCAUAGACAAACAAAAGUACAUAGACAAAGUGAAAAAAGCUAAGACGCUGAGGAAAGAAAGAAAUUCGAUUGGUUACAACCAUAAUCCUAUGCAUGAGGAAGUGACUAGCCCUUUUACAGAAGUUGCAUCAAAUGCAGUAGCAUUAGCUUCUACCAAUGAAAAAUGCCAAAAACCGCCAAUUACUAAGUGGCUUUUAAGAGCACAAAUGAUUCCUGCCCGACGAUCAGAAGGUCUAACAAUUUAUGAUCCUGUAUGCUCAGAGUUGCAUGAAUUAAAACACGUUCCUAAUUGCAUACAUUGUCAUGCCGUAAGAUUUGAAUAUGAACCUAAGACAUUUUGUUGUGGCAAUGGAAAAGUUAGAGUUGCGCCUAUUGAAAUGCCAGAUGAAAUGUAUGACCUGUUUGUCUCUGAAUCAGAAGAAGCUGUAACCUUUCGCAAGAAUAUCCGUGCGUUGAAUUGCAUAUUCUCUUUCACCUCAUUAGGAGUGAAAUUAGAUAAGGAUCUUGCAUCUGCAAAGCAUGGGGUUUACACUUUUCGAGCACAAGGCAUGGUAUAUCACGAUCUUCCAGGAUUGACUCCAAAUGAAGCUGGCCCUACCAAUUUUCAGUUAUAUUUUGUUGAAACCGAAAAAGAGAUUGAGAAUCGGUUAAAGAUUCUAGAUAAUUCGGAACUAUCUGAACCUAUAAUCAACAAAGUUAUGAAAAUUAUGGAGGUAAAUCCAUAUGCAAGAUUAUUCAGGACAUUAAAGGAUUAUCCUUCUAUAGAUAAUGUUCAACUUCAUAUCUCGAAAGACGUGCGAUUAGACCAGCGUGUUUACAAUUCUCCAACUGCGGAUCAAGUAGCAGCUAUUUGGGUUGAAGGAAAUGAUCCUCAUAUACCAGCUGAACGAGAUAUUGUUGUUCAUGCACGGUCAGGCCAUAAGCAUAGAAUCAAACAUUAUUACGGUUGUUAUGAUCCGAUGCAAUAUCCCCUUCUCUUUCCAAAAGGUGAUACAGGGUGGCACCAAAAUAUACCAAAAAUAGGAGCCCAGACGUCGAAUACUAUAAUCAGUUCAUAUACAGAACAACAAAGAGCAAAUGAGGAAGCUGCAGAAUCGGAAAAUAUAACUUCUUCAUAUGACAUUCUCGCAAGAGAACAACAAGCAAAUGAUGUAGCUGCGAAACCGAAAAAUAUAACUUCUGCAGAUGACAUUCUCUCACAAGAACAACAAGGAAUCCGUGGAGAAAAUAAUAAAAAGGUCUCUUGCCGAGAGUAUAGUUGUUACAGGCUACAAAUAAGAAAUCCACGACAAUCCACAUUGUUGUUUGCAGGACGUCUACUCCAACAAUACGUUGUCGACAUGUACAUAAAAUUAGAGACAACAAGGUUAGAUUACUGUAGACAUAAUCAGUCUAAUUUGAGAUCUGAGUUAUACCAAGGAAUCAUGAAAAGUGUACAACAAGGAGAGACAAGAGGCAACGAGGUUGGAAAAAGAAUUAUUCUACCACCAUCUUUUAUCGGAGGUCCGAGAGAUAUGCGUCGUAGAUAUCUUGAUGCAUUGGCGUUAGUCCAAAGGUUUGGAAAACCUGAUUUUUUUAUUACAAUGACUUGCAAUCCAGAGUGGGCAGAAAUACAAGAAAAUUUGUACCCUGGUCAAAAGGCUCAGGAUCGACCUGAUUUAACCUCAAGAGUCUUUCGAGCAAAAUUGCAAGAUUUAAAAGAUCAGUUGUUUAAAAAGGAGAUACUUGGAAAAGUGGCUGCACAUGUGCACGUGAUUGAAUUCCAAAAAAGAGGACUUCCACAUGCUCAUAUGUUGAUUAUACUGAAGUCGGAGUAUAAAAUUACCACUCCAGAUACCUAUGAUAGGUUCGUGAGUGCAGAACUUCCAGAUCCAGAAAAACAUCCUGCACUUCAUGCCUUGGUUGUGAAACAUAUGAUGCAUGGACCAUGUGGGUCAAAGAACAAGAGUAAUUCUUGUAUGGUUGAUGAAAAAUGCAAAUAUCAUUAUCCACGACCAUAUUGUGAAAGCACGAUUCAAGGCAAAGAUGGAUAUCCGAUAUAUAAAAGGAGAAGAAAUGGAAUUACUGUCCAAGUUCGCAGAGCUCAUCUAAAUAACCAGUGGGUAGUACCAUAUAACCCAUAUCUUUUGUCCAGAUAUAAUUGUCAUAUAAAUGUUGAGAUAUGUUAUGGAGUGACAGCAGUUAAGUAUCUAUACAAGUAUAACUACAAAGGGCAUGACAGAGUGGCUGUUAAUAUGUCACAGAAUGAUGAAGAAAAUAAUAUUGAUGAGAUCAAAGAAUAUCAAGAUGCUCGAUGGGUCUCAGCUCAAGAAGCCAUUUGGAGGAUUUACGAAUUCAAUUUGAAUGAAAUAUCUCCACCAGUCAUUGACCUCCAUCUUCAUCUACCUAACCAACAAUGUGUCACUUACUGGGCAAAUCAAAAUUUGAGCAACGUCCUCAAAUGGGACCAUGUGUCUAAGACAAUGCUCACCGAGUAUUUUUCAAUGUGUUCGAGAAGUGAAAAAGCGCGAAAAUACCUUUACAAGGAGUUCCCAGAAUAUUACGUAUGGGACAAGCAAGGUAGAUGUUGGUCUGAAAGAAAGAAAAGAGAUGUGAUAGGGCGUAUACAUGGUGCAAAUCCUAUGGAAGGAGAACGGUAUUAUCUUCGAUUACUAUUGAAUCAUGUAAGAGGUCCAACAUCUUUUCUAGAUCUUUUAACAGUUAAUGGAAUACGAUGUGCUAACUUCAAAGAAGCAUCACAAAAAAGAGGCUUACUAGAGUCUGAUCAAAGUGUUAUUGAAUGUUUAAAUGAAGCCAUCACUUUUCAAAUGCCUCAUGAAUUGCGCCGAUUAUUUGCAACCGUCUUGGUAUAUUGUGCUCCAACAGAUGUGAGAGUUCUUUGGGACACAUAUUUUGAAGCAAUGUCAGAGGACUUUAGAAAAGAAAAUGAUACAUCAAAGGAGAGACAAAUUACGAGAACUCUCCAAAGUGUGAAUUAUUUUUUGGAGAGCAUGGGGAAAAAAUUGGAAUCAUAUGAUCUUCCAAGUGCUCCAGUUGAUACUAACCACGUGACUACAAAUCUGUCAAGAGAGAUAGAAGAUGAGUUGUCAAUAGAAAUACCUUCUGAAGAUUACGAGGCCGAGAAAAAACUGAAUAAAGAACAACAAGAUGCCUUCAAAGUAAUCUUAGAAUUCAUACACAAAGGUAAAGCCGGUAUGUUCUUCAUUGAUGGCCCAGGGGGAACUGGAAAAACAUUCUUAUAUCGUGCGUUGUUAGCUCAUUUAAGAUCUAGAAAAAAAAUAGCCAUUGCAACAGCGACAUCUGCAGUUGCCGCUGCAAUAAUGCCUGGCGGAAGAACAACUCAUUCACGUUUCAAAAUACCAAUCGAUGCAAAUGAGUCAAGUGACUGCAAUAUAUCAAAGCAAAGUGGAGUGGCUAAUCUAUUGCGUACAGCAAAAUUAAUUAUAUGGGAUGAAGCUCCAAUGGCAAAAAGAUGGGCUAUUGAGAAUGUUGAUAAGUUAUUCAAGGACAUAAUGGGAAAUGAUGAACAUUUCGGGGGUAAAGUGGUGGUCUUUGGUGGUGAUUUUAGGCAAGUACUACCCGUGGUUCCAAGGGGUACAAUUCACCAAACUAUUUCUGCCAGUUUGGUGAAAUCAAGGCUAUGGCAUAAAAUGAUAAAAUUUUCUUUGUCUAAGAAUAUGAGAGCGCAAAAAGAUCCUGAAUUUGGUGAUUUCUUACUUAGAGUUGGAAAUGGAGAGGAAACCUCUGAUAUUGAGGGUAACAUUAUAAUUCCUGAAGAGAUGGUGGUGAAGUAUGACAAUGAAGAGGACUCCAUGGCACGUCUUAUUCAUUCAAUUUUCCCGAGCUUGAGUAGUAAUGCUGAAUCAUCUACUUACAUGACAACUCGAGCGAUAUUAGCAUCUAAAAAUGAGGAAGUUGAUAAAUUGAAUGAUAAGUUAAUUUCUAUGUUUCCGGGAGACGCAAGAACAUUUCAAAGUUUCGAUGAAGCUAUCGAUGAUACAAAUAAUAACUAUGAAGAAGAUUUUCUCAAUUCUUUGACUCCAAAUGGCUUGCCUCCGCAUAAGUUGGUCUUGAAGAGAAAUUGUCCAAUAAUCCUCCUAAGGAAUUUGGACCCAUCAAAUGGACUGUGCAAUGGUACAAGAAUGGUGUGUAGGAAUUUCAAAUCCAAUGUCAUUGAUGCGGAAAUAGUCUUUGGCCAACACGUCGGCAAACAUGUUUUCAUUCCUAGAAUACCACUUUCGCCAGCUGAAAAUGAGGGUUAUCCUUUCAAAUUCAAGCGUAAGCAAUUUCCGAUUAGACUUUGCUUCGCUAUGACAAUCAACAAAGCACAAGGCCAAACAAUUCCUAAUAUAGGAGUCUAUUUGCCUCAACCAGUGUUCUCUCACGGCCAACUAUAUGUAGCUCUAUCAAGAGGAACUUCAUCAUCGACAACAAAAGUUCUAAUCAAGCCGGAUACCAACAAUGUUCGAGAAAAAAGGGCGACAAAAAAUGUUGUUUACAAAGAAGUUCUAAAUGCAGAUCUCGAAUACCAAUUCGAUGAAACCUUCUAUGUGACUCAAGGGUGGAUGAAUAGUGCAUCUUUCAAAAGCUGCCUGAGAUCAUAA